AAAUUCAUGUUGGUUGCUUCGUUUUCAUAUUGAACGAUCCCAUUUUCUUUCCAUUGAAGAGAGGAAUUGCUCUUCAAGUACUUGGAAUACUUUGCCUUUUCAAGUUGCUUUCAACGACGCUUCUUCUAUGGCGCGCAAUGUGAUGAAUCUCUUCCAUCUGUACAAGCAAACUUCUUCGUUUCUUUCUGGUUUCAACGGAUUUCAGAUUCUAUCCAAACAGCGGGGUAGCAACAGUUUCGGAGUGUUUUCCGUUCUCAACUGCAGAAAAAGCCCUCCAAGCAAGUCCUUUAGUACAGGUUCUUUAUCUCACGUUGAUAGGGAAGGCAACACUGCAGAAACCACGUUUGACUUCACAGACGAGAAUUAUGAGAAAAUUGAGAAUAUUCUAAAAAAGUAUCCAAGGAAUUACAAGUCAUCAGCAGUUAUUGCACUUUUAGAUCUAGUACAACGACAGUGUGGUGGUUGGAUACCAUUGGCUGCUAUGAAUCAAGUGGCAAAAAUUUUGGAAAUGCCCCCCAUAAGAGUUUAUGAAGUUGUAACAUUCUAUUCAAUGUUCUAUCGUGAACCGAUAGGGAAGUUUAAUGUUCAGGUUUGCUGCACUACUCCUUGUAUGAUACGUGGCGCAUAUGAUAUUCUUCGUGCUAUCCAAAGCAAGUUUAACCUCGAACCGGGCGGAAACAGUCCAGAUAUGAUGUUUCACCUUGAAGAAGUGGAGUGCUUAGGUGCUUGUGUCAAUGCACCUAUGAUGCAAGUCAAUGACGAUUACUAUGAAGACUUGACAGUUGAAAGCGCGAUACAAGUACUGGAAAAUCUGCGUGAUCACAAAGCUGUCAAAGUUGGUCCUCAAAAUAGUCGCCACCAAUGUGUAGGUAUUCAAGGAAAGACAACUCUGUUAUCGGAACCACCUGGACCUUACUGUCGUUCUUUGGAGACGGAACAAGUCAAAAAGGCUUCCUAGUCAUUAUCUAUCGUUUCAAAUAGCGCUCCAAGUGUUUUUCAUCUAUUGCGAAUAAAGAGACCGCCUUUGCAACCAAACCACUAUCUAUUAUAGGACGCCAAAAGAAAUAUUCAGAUGUGAUU